AUGGCGACAAGCGUGGAUGCCAAGCUGCUGAAGCAGACCAAAUUCCCUCCGGAAUUCAGCCGGAAGGUGGACAUGACCAAGGUCAACAUUGAGGUGAUGAAGAAAUGGAUUGCUGGAAAGAUCUCCGAGAUCCUGGGAAAUGAAGAUGACGUCGUUAUUGAGCUCUGCUUUAACCUUUUAGAAGGGUCGCGGUUUCCCGAUAUCAAGUCCCUGCAGAUUCAGCUCACCGGAUUCCUCGAUAAAGAUACUGGCAAGUUUUGCAAGGAGCUGUGGUCGCUAUGUUUGAGUGCCCAGGAAAACCCCCAGGGUGUGCCCAAGGAGUUGCUGGAGGCGAAGAAACUGGAGCUUAUCCAAGAGAAGAUCGAAGCGGAAAGAGCCGCCGAAGAAGCCCGCAAGCAGAAGGAACAGGAGCGCGCACGAGAACGAGAACUUGAAGACCUUCGACGCAGAGAACGAUCUGAGCGCACAAGGGGAGGAAGAAGAGGCGGUGGCCGCGGUGGUCGAGACUUUGAUAGACGUCGGUCGCCUCCGCGACAGCGCAGCCGUGACCGUUUCCGAGGUCCGCCUGGCAGACGAGAGUUCGACUCCUACGUGCCCUCAGGCUCUCGUCGAGGCCGUCGGCCAUCCCGUUCGCCCAGCCGCUCUCGCUCUCGCUCCGUGUCUUCCUCGCGCUCGCCUCCACCACGUCGGCGCCAUCCUGGCAACGACCGGAACCGACGACGUCGGUCAAUUAGCGGCUCUGUCUCCCCGGACCGCGGUGAUCGCAGGAGGCCCAGGAGACGCAGCCCUGAUUACGGUGAUCGUGCAAGAUCCAAUACCCGCAGUGAAUCAUCACGCUCACGUAGUCCCAGAAGAGACCGACGGAGACGGAGAUCCGUUUCUUCCCGCAGUGCAUCGCGUUCACCUGUCCACAGAGACCGACGCAGGAGAAGAGGUUCUUCGGCAUCAAGGUCCCGUUCGAGGUCGCAAGGGUCGGAUGGUAGCGGCACCAGACGCAGAGGAUCAUCGCACUACUCUUCACGAGAUGAUAAGAAAGAAUCCACCGCUGAUAUUGCAAAGGCCCGCAAGUCCCGUGACGACCGUCGCUUGAGUCGCAGCAGAGAGCGCAAUGACACCCGCAGACGCCGGUACUCAUCCCAGAGUGUCAGCCGCAGCCGCAGUCGAGGCCGUUCCCGCAGCGCCAGCCAGGAUUCCCGGAGUCGGAGUCGGAGUCGCAGCCGUAGCCACAGUCGCAUGAGGGACAGGAAGCGGCGUCGGUCCAUUGAGAGAUAUGCCCCAGUUGCACGGAGACGGCGCAACACGUCCUCCGUAUCCGUCCCCAGUGAUAAGCGAAAGAGGAUGGCUGAUGAAGACGAGGAUGCCGCCAAACGAUCACCCCCGCCGGCUGAGAAGCCAAGCUCGAGCGACCACGAGAUGAAGGAUGCCACUGAGACUGCUGUUCCCUCCAAUAACGCAGCUCGUGUACGCAUCUCCAGCUCCGAACUACGCGAGAAGCUGCUCCGCGAGAAGAUCAUCGCGAUGCGCCGGACCGCCUCGAGCGACAAGGUAGGUAGCUCUACAUCUUCAAGGUAG